UCUGUCUAUACUAAUGUAAAUCUGAUAUUGCAGCUUGCUAACGUGGCUAGCUAGGAUACUGAAGUGAAUAAAUGAUGCUCUAAAUGUUUUAGUUAGCUGUGGCUGCAUGCUGUGGAAACAUUAUUUGUGCAGACUCCUGCAUGUUUUGCACCAGGCUGCGGCUGUCAUGAUCUAAUCACAACUGUCCCAUGAGUUUUGUGGAGUACUCAGAGUUCAUUCAGGAAGGAGAUGUGGUCAUCAUCUUUCUUGGGCAUGAUUCCAUGAUGCCCAUCAAAGUGGAGUCUGGUGCUCAAACACAGACCCGCUAUGGAGCCAUUCGCCACUCCACUGACUUAAUCGGUCAGCGGUUUGGUUCAAAAGUAACAUGCAGUAAGGGUGGAUGGGUGUAUGUACUGCAUCCCACUCCAGAGCUAUGGACUGUGAAUCUGCCCCACCGAACCCAGAUCCUUUACACAACGGACAUCGCCAACAUCACCCUGAUGCUGGACCUCAAACCAGGCUCCGUUGUCUGUGAAUCAGGCACUGGCAGCGGCUCACUGUCCCACGCCAUUCUCCGCACCAUCGCACCCAGUGGCCACCUGCACACAGUCGAGUUCCAUGCCCAGCGGGCAGAAAAGGCUGCACAAGAGUUCAGAGAUCACAAGGUGGGCCAUCUAGUGACUGUCCGAAACCAGGAUGUGUGUAAAGAUGGCUUUGGUGUUGUGGGUGUAGCCGAUGCAGUAUUUCUGGACAUCCCCUCACCAUGGGAGGCCAUCAUACAUGCCAAGAAAGUAUUCAAACGCAGGGGGGGUCGUUUGUGCUCCUUCUCUCCAUGUAUUGAGCAGGUCCAGAGGACAUGUGAAACUCUGCUGGAUCAUGGCUUUGAGGAGAUCUGUACUCUGGAGGUUCUGCAGAGGGUACACGACGUCCGAUCUGUCACUCUGCCCUUACCGGACUUCGGCCCGGAGGAGGGUGGAACAGAUAGUACCAAGAUAACUUCUGGCCCUGCUCCAGAGGAAGUUCCAUCUGCAGCAAACCCCAGCUACUCUUCAGUAACCUGCAGGACUGCCACUCCACCUAGAGAGAUGGCUGGACACACGGGUUACCUCACAUUCGCUACCAAACCACGGGACUAGAAUACUAUGGGAAUGGAGUGAGAUGGAUCGAGUUACUAAUUGAAGCAUGAGUGUAGACUUUAACUCUGCGCUCAUUUUUUCUUACAGUCUUUCAUGGUGUAUAUGAACAUCUCUUUAUAUUAAGAUACAGAGAUGGAAUUAAUCAGAGAUGGGAGACCACAGAUGUUUUGCAAAUAGGCUAGAUGAUUUUAAAAUACUUGUUUAUUACUGUUCAUUGUUCUUUGUGUAAGAACAAUCUUUAAUUUCAUCCAAAGUAUGACAAUGAAUUUUAAUAAUGUUAUUUUUUUUUUUAGUUUUUUUGUUACAAUAAAUUUAAAAUGAGAGGAAAUAUAUUCUUCUAAUCUUGAUUGUGUUUUUCUUCAUUGUGGAUGUUACCACAUACUGCUGAGGCUUUUUCCAUGUACAAUUGCCAAGUCCUUUUUAUCUGACUUUAGAAAAUGCAAGACCCUUGAGUUGUUUAACGCAAUGGCAAGAUAUGUGGAAUGGAGAAAUUUAGAGUAAUCAGUGAUCAGUCUGUUUAUUAAUGUUAAUUGAGUUUCUAGCUGGGUAAAUUCUCACUGCUGAUAGAUGUGUACAUUCCAGUAAAUAUCUGCAUGUUUAAUAGAGCAGAAGUUUACCACAGUACUGUAGCUCUCAUAUCUUAUCUAAAACUGGAAACAGUUUUCCCUUACUUUUCCCCCAGUCCAGUUGCCUUUGUGAUUUGGAGGAUUUAUAAACCGUCAUCACUGAGGUCUGGACACCAUAAAAGGUAUUGCUCCCUCUGUGCUCUCAUUGUGAACACAGAUGUGUUCACAGAUAUCCAAUGUUUAUGCAUACACUCUGACUUCAUUUAUAUAUCUGUUUUCUAAAUGU